UCUUAUGUAUUGACAUAUUGUUCUCUGCAAGAUCGAUAAAAGGGUUUUAGGGGGAUUCUUAUGCCGAGAUUUUUCAUGAAGUAAUUACUCAAACAGGUUGCAAUCUCGCAUCUUUGUCUUCUCGAUGGUUCGCAAAAGUUAUAGAGCUGCCGAAACAGUGGCUAAAUCAUUCACUGCUGAGAAGUACCUAAAGAAAAUAGGAUUGGGAAAAGAAGACUACUAUUUCUGGAAGCAAAUAGGCAAAGCACUUGUAUGCACAUACACACUAUUUGGUGCCAUGUGGCUAUUCAAUGAAACAUCCCCACUUGGUUGGUGGACACUGAAACCAGUACCUAAAGAAGAGAAAGAAUUAGCUCACCUGUAUCAGAGAAUCAAUUACCCUUACCCAGGUGAUGAAGAAGCCAUGACUGACUUCAUUGCAAAAGGUGGGAUGAUUGGGACAAUGGUGAGUGCUAAAGGGACAAUAGAUAUGGAAUCGGGUCCCGGGAAUUAUCAGAAGCAGUUGCAGAAAGAGAAGUUUGAUCAGGAAGCACUUAGGUUGUGGUUGAGGAUGAAGAAUGAAGUUGUUCAAGAACUUCAGGAGAAAGGAUAUGGUAUGGAGUGAAAAAUCAUUAUUUCAAAGGCUUUGUUUGAAUAUUGAUUAUGUUUAGUGUAAUAAUGAUGGAGUAAACCAACACUUUGAUGAAAUGUUUGUAUUGAUGUUUGGUUGGGGGAUGAAUAUUGAUCUUGAUUUUAUACGUAUGGAAAGAAUGAAAGAUGUGUGUGUCUGCUAUUUUCUAUUAUAAAAA